AUGGCCGGUGGUGGCAAUCCAGCAGCCAAGAGGGUAGUGGUAUACCGGAAUGGGGACCCCUUCUCCCCAGGCUGCCAGCUGGUGGUGAGUCAACGCCGCUUUCCCACCCUGGAGACCUUCCUCUGUGAGGUGACAUCGGCUGUGCAGGCCCCAGUGGCUGUGCGGGCCCUCUAUACGCCUCGUCAUGGCCACCCUGUCACGGACCUGGCGGACCUGCAGAACGGAGGGCAGUAUGUGGCUGCUGGCUUUGAAAGAUUCCGCAAGCUGCACUAUUUACCCCCUGGACGGAAGGCUCCAGGUGGAAAGAGCAGCAGACUCUCAGAUCCUCCUGAGACUCACUGCCCAUGUGAUGGGACCUGUGGACCACGACCACCGGCAGGUUCCCCCUGCUAUAUCCAUGUGUUCAGGAAUGGGGACCUGUUAAGUCCCCCAUUUAGCCUGAAGCUGUCCCAGGCAGCCAGCGAGGACUGGAAAACAGUGUUGAAGCUCCUGACUGAGAAGGCCAAACUACAGACCGGAGCUGUGUGCAAACUCUGCACCCUGGAAGGGCUCCCACUGUCAGCAAGAGAGGCUCUGGUGAAUGGCCAUUACUAUGUGGCUGUGGGAAAGGAUGAGUUCAAGGCCCUCCCCUAUCUGGAGCUGCUGGUGCCUAGCCCCUCACUGCCCAGGGGCUGCUGGCACCCUCCAGACCCAAAGUCUAGGCCUCACAAGCAGCAGCUCCCGCAGACACCAAGGGCAUUCAAGCGUGGCCUGGCAGGAGAGAAGGCAAGAAGAGCCAGCACCCACAGCCCAAGCCCAGUCUUCCCUCUACAGGCCCAUGGCCACGGGGCACAGGCAACCCAGCCCUCUACAAAGGAGCCAAGCCAAAUUGAGCCAUCUGCUUUUCAUGCCAGACGCCAGCAGGCCAUUCAGCCAAGAAGCAGGCUCCCCACUCUCUCAUUUCCAUCAGGAGUCAAAGGAGUAUAUGAGGCUCCCCACCCAAGGAAGGAGACAGCGGGGGCCCAGGAAGUGCCAGAUGAUGAAGACACCUGUGCAGAGGAACUCUUGGAUCAGAGGGCAGUGCAGAUGGUGGACGAGGCCCUGUGCCUGGAAAAGCAGCCUGGGACUGGGGCAGCGAUCUCAGCCUCAGCCCUGUCUCUGCCAUCUUGGGCACCAGCAGUUCCAGCCGGGAACUGGGGCGUCCACUCUGCAGCCACCAUUUAUCCUUGCCUCCAGCAGCCUGUUCCAGGGGACCCAGCGCCCCGCCUGGGCUCACAGGAUACCCUGUAGCCCCCUCAGCCCUGCCCCACUCUUCUGCUCCUAAACCCACAUCCUAGCCUUACUUU